CUACUAAGAAUUUAUCACAACGGAAGAGAAAGUAGAUUUCCCAGAACACUGACGCCUAUAUGUAGGUCAGGUGCACAGUCUUACAACCGGGUGCAGGAGACGCAGUGUGCAGACAUCCUAGAUUCCUAUUUCAGAACCCAAAUACACCCCUCACGUUCCACACAGACAUGGCAACGUUCACGGACAUCAACCGAGACAAGCACGGAGUUGUUCGGGGUAAGUGUCGAGACUGCCCCGAGGACUGUCCUCAGUAUUCCCAGCCUGUCCUCAGACACAACUGUACAUAUUGCGGGUGUCCGGCGGCUCAUCAUGAGAGGGUGGAACCUCGACCUGAACUCAUCAUCAAGAUAGAACCAGGGGAGGAGGGGGCAGGAUCUUCGGGGCGGAGUGAUGACCGACCACCACGCGGUCCGUCGAGAAGAGCCCAGCCAAGUACCUCCAGGCGAAAUGAGUCGCCCACUGGCUCACGAAAUCACCAGGGUACAUCACGUACAGUAAUCCAGAAACGUUGUAAGACGUUAUUUGUGGAUGCUGGCGUCACAUAUUAUCAUCUUCAAGAGAAACUUACAAAAACUCAACGCGGCGUGUUUACAAUCCUAUGGAAGGGAAAAAUAAUUUAUGUUGGGGAGCCAAAGAAGACGCCCCUAUUAACUAACCUUCGUGGUAUCUUUACUGGUGGAAGCCAACAAGACAUCAGCAAGUAUUUGAAAAGUUUACCCAACAAUUUGAAAGAGAAGCAUGUCCGAAUCGCUUGGCUGACACACAUGGAUGACGACCCACACUGCCAAACGUGCAGAGAAGGCAGGAAAAAGCUUUCGUAUCGACAUUGUGUUUCAAAUUUGCAAAGCAAGGAUCCAAGGAAGGUCCUCUUGGAUCUCAAGACAAAAUUUUCACUCCAUUAGAAUCAAAAUGUUUCUCGUGUUUCAACUGACCACUAAUUGUAGUGUUUAGUUUGAAACCUUUCUACUCCUGGCAUCGUCUUUGUAGCUGUAUGUCUCUUUAUCUCAACAGUCUGUAGCAUAAUUGUGGUUUUAAGGAUUUUCUGGGAAAAUAUAUUUGUAGGUAAAAUCCCAACUCCCCAGUAUGCAACAAACCACUCAGGGUAUAACAGAAGAUUAUGAUGUUUGAACAUGUAUUUGGGUGAAGGAAAAUGUCACAUCUCAAAGUUCCUUUACCUUUCAAAGCUCUAUUUACAAGACAUUUCUACAUAUCUUGUGAUAAGAACAUUAUAAUGCUGGGCAGAAUGUGAAUUAGAAUCACCUCAUCAUAUUUUGUGUGAUCCCCAGUAAGGUGCUCUAGCUUUGGUUGCCAGUGGCAUACUGUUUUACUGUUUUUGUCGAUAGGUAUUAUCAAAUAAUUAACUUGUUUUCAUCGCAAUAUUGCCGAUGCGAUGUAAAAUGUUAAGUCGCUCACUCAUCAUAUUUAGAUAUGAUACAACCUGAGGCAAAGGAAAUACGAGAGUAUCCAGUAAUUUAAUAUGUACUGUUUCCCUACUUUUGAACUACAGUAAACUACGGUUAUAACGAACUCAAAGGGACUACCAAUUUUAGUUCGUUAUAACCGUAAUUCGUUAUCAGCAUAUAUACAGCAUAACUAUAGCAUAUAGUCGGGACUAAAAAGUUAGUUCGUUAUAUCCGUUAGUUCGUUAUAAGCGUGUUCGUUAUAACCGUAGUUUACUGUAUGCCUGUGAGUAUGUGUUAUGAGUAGAUGCCCGAGCAGGAAUAAUCCCGAAGGCGUACGUGGGACUUAAAAUAUCAAUCAACGGUUUAUCUGGUUCAGAAUCGGUUAUCUACGAUCGCCGUCAUAUUGACGUAAACGAUUUACAUUUGACUUAAUCAUUAUCGUUAUCAUGACGUCUCAGGCAGCAUAAUAAGUACAGGUUGCUAGACAAUCGCAUCCGAGGUAUUUACUGCCUUCCUGUGCACAGUACACUGUUUUUAUAUGUUUAUACUUUAGACUAGUAUAUGUUUGACAUUAACUUUUGCACUUUGCAUAUGUUUUUUUGUUCUCAUAAUCAUAUUUUACAGAAAAGACAUGGUCUUAUCAUAACUUGUUUUAUAAAAAAUAUUUCC